CAGGCGAGAGGCUGUUGGGAAGCAAGAGCCGUGCUCUGCAGGAACAAACAUGCUCUGGAAUUUCAUUUCUGCCCUCGCAAGCAGCUUGCUUCCCGCCCCACAGGCUGAGUGAGCAGGCAAGCACUCCCAGGAGCUGGAAAGCUUGUUUUACAGAAAGACGGCUGAGGGAGAAAUGCGAGUGCCGACACUUUGCUGACAUCCAGGAAAUCGUUCUCUAAAGCGUACGUGCCCAGUAAAUUUGAAUGGACAAGACUUCACUACCACGACCUGCAGCCAAAAGUAAGGCAGAAAGUUUUACAGUGGCUUCACUGAAUCGAGGGAGAAAAUGGAAUUAAGCAAGCUCUGGGAUGACCUCAGCAGCCACAAAAGAUACGUUUUUUGACUUCUGAAGACUGGCUAUGUGAUUACAAAUAGCACUUGGAAGAGAAGAGUGACCUCCUGGUCAUUGCUGCUGGAGAUGUACUCCCCUGCUACAGAGCUUGUGUUUCUUCCCUGAAGCUUUACAGUGCAACAAACUUGCCAAUUACACAGCUUAAAUAUAUCUUCAAGCUCUUCUGGAAUUUUACAAAAGUUGCAAUAAAAAUACCAGAGAAACCUCCAAAUCACAGGAAUCCGAAAUAUACCAUUAUAAUGGUAAGCUCUAAUUGUUCCACUGAGGACUCCUUUAAAUAUACUUUAUAUGGCUGUAUCUUUAGCAUGGUGUUUGUUCUCGGCCUCAUAGCAAACUGUGUUGCUAUCUACAUUUUUACUUGUACGUUAAAAGUGCGAAAUGAAACUACAACUUACAUGCUUAAUUUAGCAAUAUCAGACUUGCUUUUUGUGUUUACAUUACCCUUCAGGAUUUAUUACUUCGUAACAAGAAAUUGGCCAUUUGGAGACAUUCUGUGCAAGAUUUCUGUCACCCUCUUUUACACAAAUAUGUAUGGGAGCAUUUUAUUUCUGACUUGCAUAAGCGUAGAUCGCUUUUUAGCUAUAGUACACCCUUUUCGAUCCAAGACUCUCCGAACCAAAAGGAAUGCAAAAAUUGUCUGUGCUGCAGUAUGGAUAACUGUGUUAGCAGGCAGCACACCAGCGAGCUUUUUCCAGUCCACAAAUCGCCGGAAUAAUACUGAGCAAAGGACAUGUUUUGAAAACUUCUCAGAGGACACGUGGAAAACCUACCUAUCCCGGAUUGUUAUCUUCAUUGAAAUCGUUGGGUUUUUCAUUCCACUCAUCUUGAAUGUGACCUGCUCUACCAUGGUCUUACGGACUUUGAAUAAGCCCCUUACAUUAAGUCGGAAUAAAUUAAGCAAGAAAAAGGUACUCAAAAUGAUUUUUGUCCAUUUGGUGAUAUUCUGCUUCUGCUUUGUGCCUUAUAACAUUACCUUAAUACUUUACUCCCUUAUGAGAACACAGACCUGGAUUAAUUGUUCUGUGGUAACUGCAGUCAGGACUAUGUACCCCAUCACGUUGUGCAUCGCUGUUUCAAACUGCUGUUUUGACCCUAUAGUCUAUUACUUCACAUCGGAUACAAUUCAGAAUUCAAUAAAAAAGAACCGGUCCACCAGACCACGGGACAUCAGGUUCUCAGAAAGGCCAGUUUCAGAAAACUUCAUUCAACACAGCCUUCAGACCAUAAAAAUGAAAAUAUUUGACAGUGACUCCACAAUAUAAACUGUAUUAAAAGACUGCUGGGACUAAACUGGAAUUACAAGCCUGCACAUUUCUUCAGCUGUGGAAAUAUAUUCUGAUAUGUAAAUUCUUCACUCACAACAGAAAAAAUCUAUGAUAAGAUUGUAAAAGUGUUAAGCAUAACAGUACAUGGAAAAAGUAUUUUAAGAAUUUAUGUCAGAUGUCUGUUCUGAGAAGCUGUAUGUUAGAAACUAACUUGGGUUGGGAUUAGGUUAACCAAAGUCCAAGGACUGUCUGUCAAGUCAAACACAAAUGAAAAAGUAGGUUGGGGGGGUGGAAGGGGUGGUGUGUCUAAAGUUAAAACAGUUGCUUAUUUUUCAUAAUAUACCAGUUUCCAAGUUACUGAAGAUGGGGGUGAAAGUGCUUGGUUUACACUGCAGGAUCCAGAUGUGAAGAAAACAGCAGUAUAUUAAUUGUAUCACUUCAGCUACUGUGGCUGCUGAGUUUACUCUUCUCCCUGUAUCUUACACCUCCCUCCUGCCUUUCUCCCUGCAUCUUCCUUCUUAGGGACCAUUGUAUUCAUAGGAAGCUUCAAUCAAUGGGCUGUAGGAACUUAGUUUCUCCCAGGUUUACCUGACAAAAUACAUGCUCCCUCCACAAGCCUGGCCCCCAUAAAGCAAUUAAAUCUUCUGGUAGUUUAGGGCAUCUGGAAACAACUCAAACUGGUUUUUCUUCUCACCUCUGCCUCAAGAUGUCUGUGUAAUUAUAACAAAAUAACCUCUGAUGACUGAAGUUGGUGCUUUAGGUACAGUACCACUUUAAUGAAGUCUUUUGUGAAAAGUUCUUCAACUCAACAUAACUUUUGAGCAAAAUAACAUCCUCCAAACAAGGUAAUUCAAUCUCAAAGUACUAGUUUCUUAGAAAAACAUGACCUUUGCUAACUAGAAAUGAGCAUCUGCAUCAAAUGAAAGAUUUCACAAUUGGUGAAACAAUUUGGUUUCCCAGACAAAUUAAAGACACGACGAUUUUUAGAGUGAAACUUCCUCUCAAUCUCUGUGUUCUCAAAGUAUUUUUACAUAAGCAUUUAAAAUCUCAAAUGCUAUUUUCUUGCAAACUUUAUAAAAUAUACAAAUAAAUUACCUGGGGCUAUGUGCUAGCAAAGUCAAUCAAGACAUUUUGAAAAGUCAAAGCCAUGUAAAAGCAGAAAUCUCUGCAUAUUACUGUUACAAACAGGAAUAUAUAGACAAAAGUGCUUUGAAACUUCCUAUGUAUGUUUCCCAGCUAACAGAACAUUAUGUACAUAUUCCCUAAAAUUAAUUUUACAUCACUGUAAAAUUAAAUAAAUAUUUAAAAGCUGAAAGUAA